AUGGAUGAAGCAGAAUGGCCGCAGAACUUUCUUUCGAGUGACCAGAUAAAUUCCUACCUUAGCGCUGAGCAGAAUCAGGGUACCUCCAAUGCAAAUCAACAUCCGGCCUUCGACGAUGCGGCUCAAGCUGCGUAUAUGUAUCACCACUCGCACUUGUUAAACGCUACUUCCUACGUGAGAUCUUCAAACCCUACACUUCCGCCAACACCAAGCGCGCAGCCUACACUCUCUUCACAACGUAUCAACUCGGACAGUAGCAAGUGGCAUGCUCACCAACCUAUGGCCCAACAAUCGAACCGGAUGGAAUUACCUCGACAGAGUACGGAUCCUGAGAGUCGUCAUACGGGUAGUCAGACCUGGUCUGCUCAUGUCCAACCACCGAUUCAGCAACAAGAUCGGCUGACAACAACACAGCGUCCGAGUUAUGAGCGUCCUCGGUCGACCCUGAACAACCAGAACAGACCGCCACCCCAGUCAGCCAUCUCGGGAAUAACCCUCUCAGAUCAAGCAACAAAUCCAAUCGACUUGACAACGUCUUCCCGGUCUGCAAAUGCUUCAAGCCCAGUGGCUUGGCCGGCUCCAACAACAUCACAGCCAAGCACGAAUAGCAAAAAACGCACUUCUCAUUCUUUGUCUGUCUCUGGACACCCUCAGCAGACUCGGGGGCCUCGGAAAUCAACACACGAUAAUAUGCAGGGCCAAUCGCCCGCAAAGAUAACGCGCUUGGAUAACGGGAACUCCCAUGUCGAGAUUACCCAACCGGUAUCAGUCAAGUCAAGUCAACCGCCAACGCAACCGUCACAGGCACCUUCGAAUUCGGUUGUGUCGAUACAGAAAAGGCCAGUUAUUUACGCGCCACUUAAUCCUUCAACUGGGACGCAUCGUACGGCGCAACCUGCUCAUAGACCUCAGCGCAGGGCAACAAAGAACCGUGAUGACCUGGUGAGGCCAAUUCGCAUCAGCGAUGCGUUGAUGAAAGCGUCAUAUAACCCUGCUACAAUUGCACGCGACAUUCUUAUUGCCGCAGGAAAACAUCCUAAUAUGAAGGGAUUAAAUCAUCACCUAGAGAAAUUAAGGGCCAAUAUUACCCAAGUGGAUACCAGUUCAGACCUGGCAACCUUUCGCUGGGAGCUGGUGGAUGUUGAACAAAACCCAACAACAGCCCUUGACGCAAGACCUCCCCCUGCAGCUUCUGCGCCUCAACAGCAAUUUGUUUCUUCACCUGCCCCUAUUACUUCGGCAAGUACCACUCCGGCAGGGUCCAUUGUCCAAUGGCAACAUACGUAUGCCUAUAUCCCUCCUAACCUACAAAGGUCCAUCCCUACGCAGAGACCAAUCUCUCUGGCACAUUCUGGACCUCCACAGACUUCUGGGCCUUCACCAAGCUUGGCUACUCCGUCAAGUGAUGUUCAUCCAUCGGGCUCUAUUCCCGCAGCAUACUUCCCUCCAGCACGGUUCAUUGCACAGAGAUCCGUUCCUUCAGCGAGCUCCGCGUCUCCACCUGGUACAAUUCCCCCUGAGAGGGCUAAUUCUCAACUAGAGUCUACACAGAAAUCCGUUUCGAAUAGUUCUAUGAGUCCAGUGAUCCCAGAACCUUCAGCAAUUGUCUCCAGUGCAACAAGGUCUAUGCCCCCCACAAGCUCUGUGCCUUCAACGGGCUCCAUCUCUACACAGAAGGCUGUUCAAGGGCCAGGCGCCCCACGUGACCAAACCAACACACCGCAUUUGUCUGACGUCGCCGCCUUUUCUCCACGUGACACAUCGUCAACGCCGCGUUCUGCCAGAAUUGACGAACGCGCCCCUCCCGGUGGGUUAAGCUCUUGGGGAACUUUACCCUUUCAACCCCCUACCUACCACUCGCCGAAACGUGCGACGAUCCCCUCGAAGUUCCCCUCUGGUCUUCCUCGCCUUGAUCCAAUUCCAGAGCCCCCCAUUUUCUCCGACGAACCCCUUACUGUUUCCCAAUCGUCGCCUAAACAAACAACCAAGCCAGUGCAUCCUGUUCCACAAACUGAGCAGACCCCUAAGGUGCGAUCCAAGACAAGCAACGGUCCGCGUACCAAUAAACCGAUAAACAACAAAUCUACCAAACCGGUCGCACCCAACCAACCCGUCCCCGUGGAGGUGGCUGCUGUGACGCCUAGGGCCAAACAUACGAUUAGCCCUAAGAACUCAUCGAAUACCACGUCAAAUCCGGCGACUACUUCCUUCCGGAAGCCACAUACUAAUUUCCCCCGACCACAAGUUGUGAUACCGCCGUCGCCGGAUAAAAUGCAACCAAAGCGAAAGCCCGGUCGACCUCCCAAGGCCAAGAGUGGAUCCGCGAUGGUUGAGGUCGCGAUUUCCCGCACGCAACCCGUAAAUUACUCUGUCUUUCACUGUGACUGGGAAGAUUGUGCGGCAGAACUUCACAACAUGCACACAAUGCGAUCCCACGUUUCCAAAGUGCAUAUCCCGCACCACCUCCAAUGCAAGUGGAAAGACUGCGAGGAUAAGGAAUUCCGGGCUGCCCAGCGUCUGUAUGAACAUAUGGCCGAGAUGCAUUUUGCCAAAAUGGCUUGGGAACUUGGAGACGGGCCGACAGUGCCCAUCGGCGGUGAACCUGCAGAGGCUAACAUCAAUGUGACCGACCCCAGUGCGCGUAAAGGAACCAUGGCCUUGCCUGUUGAUGAUCACCAAAUCAAGGCGUUCAGCAAAACCCACGGAUCGUCAACCGAGAAACAAAAAGCUCGCGAUUUGUUUCAAGCGGGGCAACAGUGGAAAAAGAGGACGGGUCCAGCUCUAGGAUCGAGUGAUACCCCUUUGUCCACCCCGGCCCGACAAGCCAACCUUGACUGUGAUGAAGUGUGCUACAUCAGCAGCGAUUGA